UGAAAAAAAAAUUAACUUAAAUUUUUCAGCUUCCUGACUUUUAAUUUACUUUAACUUAACAAUCUUGAUGAGGCAACACAAUCAGAAUCUUUCACUGAAUCAUGGAUACAAUGAGUAUGUCAACUUUUGCCAUUAAGAGAUAAUCAAUUUCAUCGUUUCAUUUUCUAAUAAUAUUUCUAAUUGUUGAUUAUCAAAUUUAUUUUUCUUUUCAAAUUUAAAAAAGUUCAGUUUAGUAGAAAGAAGAUCCAAGAGAUGGCGACACUUUACUCUUGAAUUUUUCUUUGCAAUUUAAAUUCAAUUUGGAAAACAUUAAUUCAUUUUUCCAAUUUAAUUCAAUUGUUUCAACUGCCGUAGUUUUCAUGGUUAAUCAUUUAGUGGUCAUUACACCAACUCUUUCGAUCCGAUGGUUUUCAUUUCAUCGCAUUUUCAAGGUAAACACUUAUCACUUUUCUGUGUUAUUUUAUAUCCUCACCAUCUAUUGGUAUUUGAAAGCUGAACAUUCACCUUGAUUUCUCAACAAUUAACUCUUGAUUUCACCUAAAUCGAGUUGAUUCAGUACCCUGGAGUUCCCAUGGAGUAUAUUUGAUCAUCUAAGCCAUUAAUUUGUAUUUCAACGGUGAACAAGUGUUGAUUGAAACACUCAUACAAGUUUAGAAUUGAUUGAAUUUGAUCAUUUUGUUUGUUUCUUUAAGGUAAAUCAGCUGAUAUUAUACAUUAUAGUUUCUGAUUCAAUUGAAAAAUAAUUGGAGAUGCAAACAAAAUGGUUGAACACCUUUGAGAUCAAUUGUGUCAAUCAAAUUUUCUGGUUCAUUGGUAAACAGCAAAUGGAUCGUAAAGAGAAAGUGAUUUAAUAGUAGAUCAACAUGCUGGAGAUUACAAACUAAUCUUAAUUACUCUGUUAAUUAUUACUUCCAACGAAUAAUUAAAGUUGCUGACAACAAUUGGGAUGAAGAAUAAACUUCACACGAUUAAUCAAAUGGUGAAAAUUCAUUUUCAACUGAUCCAAUGUUUCUACAGCCUGUUGAUUGAUUACAAUAUCUAUGAAUUGUAUUUCAAUUACUACGUUUGGACAAUUUUAAUUGAUGAGUUGAGACUGACAAUUAGUUAUGGAUCAACAACAUUGAAAACUGAGUAGUAAUCGUAUGUCAGGUAAUUGGACAACAUUAUUAUCCUUUGCUUUCGCCUCCAUUGGUUUGGUUUGGCAAUUAAGAUCCAUAUCCGAGGUUUAUUUCAAUUAUGGGACUUUGGUUGAUAUCACAGUCGGUGUUUCCAAUACUAUCUCAAUGCCUGGUCUGACAGUUUGUGUUCCAAUCGACAAUCAACUGCCCAGCAAUUUAUCUAAUCAUGAAUCGUUAGCUGUUAAACAGUUCUUCUCGUCAUCAUCUGCUUCAUCGUCAUCUUCAUAUGGUUAUCUACCGAUUAACUUUCUCGCUAAUCUUGCGAUCGAAGUGAACAUUAGCUGUACAGUUCCUGCAGAUGAAUUGCCUCGAUUGAACCGAUCUUUAAUGUGGAGCUGUGAUAAUGUUGUCGCACCCAAAGUGACCAUUCAAUAUACUCAAACUGGUGGAUCGAUUGCAAGAUGUACCACCUAUUUCCACCGUAAAUCUGAUGAAGAACCACUGACAGUUUUUACCAAUAAUGCGAAAGAUUUUUAUAUCCUCGUGGUAAAGACCAAAAAACCACAAAUAAUAUCGCUCUUUGUCCAUAAUCCAGCUCAAAUUCUGCACAUUUCUGAUGCUGAUACUAUUUCUUUCUCAACGGAAGAAAUCAACGAGAUGGUUUUGUCCACCAGUAAAUUUGAAACCAACAUGUUACCACCACCAUAUCGAACUGCCUGUAGAUCGUAUUCAGAAUUUGAUGCUGGUAAAUUUGGGUGUAUCUUUACCUGUUGGGUGGAGGAGACGUUGAAUCGAUGUCCAGUUUGGUCAAUUCUUGCUCCAGCAUUUGGCAACAUUUCCCUCCCUUUCCUGAUAGCUGAAGAUGAAAGUAGCUCGAAUGCUCCUUGUCAUGUAAAGGAUAAAAAUACUUGCUAUCGAAAAUGUGAAUCACCUCAAUGCAAAGAUUUAUUCUAUUCGACGAACAAUGUUUAUGCGUUGGAGAAACGGUCAAGUUGGUCUUCAACCAAUAAUACACACAUUUAUAUCCGUCGUCCGUCAGGAGCUGAAUUUAAAUAUAGUUAUAAGCCUCAAAUCGCUCCGAUCGAAUAUGCUUGCUAUGUCGCUUCUUGUUUAGGUCUUUGGUUCGGUGUUUCAUUUAUCAACGUUUUCCAAUUUAUCGUGGAUUGGGUCAAACGAUUCAAACGAAAAGGUGAAACUAGGGCCAAACCCGAACGAAAGUUGGACUUAUCAGACCAUCGAAAACGGCAAAAAUUAUCAACAAUCGCCUCUUGGAAUAACGAUUUUGUUUUCAAUCCUCAGUUGAUGAAAACAGAAUUGAUUACAAUCAAUCGUUAUCGUGAUUGUUUCAAGUCAAAUGAUUAACUUGGACCUUCAAAUUGAAAUAAUUUUUUCAUCGCCUUGGAUUAAAAUAUCUAAUUGUAAGCCAAUAACAAUGAAAUUAACUUGUUGUUGUUGAAAGCAAUUAAAAAGAUGCUGAUAUGAAGCAAUUGAAACAAUGAAAUUGGAAAUUGAAACAAACUUGUCAACUCAAUUUCAAUUACAAUUUAAAUUGAAAUGUCACAACAAUCAUAUCAAUAUUUGAUUAUCAUUUUCAUGAUCAACAAGCAGCAAUAAGUUAAAUUAACCAUCACAAAUUGAUUCACAAAAUAAAUGACAAUCAGAUUGUAACAAUUUUGUUACUCUCAAUCAAAACCAUAUCGAGUGAACAAUCAAAUAAACAAUCAAAUAACAAAAUCUAAAUGAAAUUAAAUGAGAGAUUGAAAAAAGAUAACUAAAUGAAAUUAAAUAUUCAUCUUGAUUUGUUAAAAUUUUUCACGAUAACGAUUAACAUGAAUUAACUGAAUUUGAUUUAAUUAUGAUCUUCAGGUAAAAGAUUAUCAAAUAAUUUAUUCAGUCUGUUGUUGAAUUGAACAAAUUUUUUCCUCAAUCACAAGCAAUUGAAUUUAAUAAUUACUAUUUAAAGUAAUCAUGAUAAUAACAACAUUAUAUUGGGAAGUAAAAAAGGUUUACCUUUAAAUAGUAAUGAUAGUGACACCGAUUAAUUUAAAUCCGCAAUCUAAUCAUUGGCUAAAUAAUCAAAUCUUAUUAACAAUUUAGUUUGAUAUUCAAACUGUCUCAAUUUACAAUUAACUGAACCAACUGAAAAAAAAAUAGUGAAACAGUUCACAAUUUAAAAUCGAGAGUUGAUUAAAUUAGGUUGAAGAAAAUUAAUAACAAAUCUAAUUACAAUCAAUCUGAACAAAAUUGAUCAAGAAAAUGAGAUGAAAAUAAGAAAUUAAAAUUAAACAGUUAAAUUAAAUUUCCCAUCAAACAAUCAAGUAACUUGAAACUUAUUACAAUGUCUCUUGAUUGUAUCAUGAUUGUUAUUAUGAUUACUAAAU